GUUGUUGCAUGCUGUGUGGAUGAUACACAUUUAACUCAACUAUAGUUUACUGAUUAAAGUAGUUUAAUAUAUACAAGUAUAUCAGUGUAAACUAGACUAAUUUCUCGUAUAAUCGGCGAUCGUCAUCUAAACUAAUGCUUGUUUAGAUAAAUGUUUAUGUUAGCAAUGUAGCUAACCAUCACACUCUGCAAACCACAACGUAUCAUCUAAAUUGAACAGACUGAUGAUUUUGGAUCCAGCUGCAAGCCUACACAUGUCUAAAGAAAAGCUAAAGCAGCACAAGUCUUCUGAUGGUGCUGAAACACAACAGCAGGUUAAAGACGGUGUGGGAAAAACCAAAGCAGGUAAGAAAAGGAAGUAUUUUUAUGAGCACCAGCAGAAGAAACCAAAAGAAAUGAAGAUGGGCUUGUUUAGUCCACCAACACAAGCUGAAGAUUUCUCAGCCAACUGGAAAACUCUGCUGGGGAUGCUCAACUCAACUGAAAAGACUUCCAGUUCCAAGAAACCCGAGUCACAUCAAAAUAAAGAAUCACACAAAACUGUACAUAAAGAAGCAAAAGACACUAAGAAACAGACCCAGAAAUCACAUAAAGACUUAUAUAAAGCUUCAGAAAGAGUAAAAAUACCAAGAUCACAAAAGGCACAAGAGGAACAGAACGGGGACGGUUCCAAACAGCAUAAAACUGAGAAGAAAAGAAUGAAGGAUGGCGAAAGAGGACGAGAGAAACAAAAGAACAAAGGAAAAGACAUUGAAACUGUGGAAAAGAAAACUACAGAGGCAGAUAUCUGGUUUGAUGACGUCGACCCUGAUGACAUUGAGGCUGCCGUUGGUUUGGAGGCUGCUAACAUUGCAAGGAAGAUGAGUGGCAAAAGUGCAGAAAGGAACACGGAACAGUUGCUGGUCAAAGAGAAUUCUUGCGAUGGAUUGACGCGUGCUGUUGCGAUGGACUGCGAGAUGGUGGGCGUGGGGCCUGAUGGAGAGGAAAGCAUGCUGGCGCGCGUCUCCAUCGUCAACUACUUCGGCAAGUGCUUGUAUGACAAAUACGUCAAACCCACGGAGAGAGUCACAGACUACAGAACAGCUGUGAGCGGGAUCCGACCUGCUGACAUUAAAGACGGCGAGGUCUUUAAGACGGUACAGAUGGAGGUCGCUCAGAUUCUUAAGGGACGAAUACUAGUAGGACACGCCAUCCAUAACGACUUAAAGAUUUUGUUGCUGGAUCAUCCAAAGAAGAAUAUCAGGGACACACAGAAGUACAAACCUUUUAGGAGAAUUGCAAAGAGUGGACGUCCAGCAUUGAGAGUUUUGUGUCGAGAGAUUCUACACGUGAAGGUCCAACAUGGAGAGCACUCUUCUGUCCAGGAUGCUCAGGCGACCAUGCGCUUGUACACAAUGGUGAAGAAGAAGUGGGAGGUGGAAAUAAAAGCCAGCAAGGGGCAGACCAAGGGCCAGAAAAGCCCACGCCAACCCAAAGUUAAAACUGAUUUAAAUAGAUCUUAAACCCGUUACUCACAUGGUCAAAAACUUUGACUGAUGCUGUCUGAUUUUGGGUUGUCUUGAAAGAUCACUGUUUUAUACACAUCUGCUGAUUAUCAGGUUUUAUUGCAUAUACAAUUAUAUAUGUAUGAUGUGUAUAUUAAACCCCUGUUGGCUAAACUGUGUAUGUUCCUCACAUACAAAUUACAUUUUUAUGAGACUUUAAUGCAGUUCCAGUGUUAAGAACAACAUAUAUUUGUUUUUAGACCCACUGGAACAUUGUCAG